CCUCUUCUCUAAAAUUCGUUGUAAACCGAUCGUAUGUUAGCACCCUAACGCUAACCUAACCCUAUGGACGAGUUUCUAUACCAUAUGCAUUAUGAAUUCAGAACCUCUGAACCUUUAUCAAACCUUAACAAGUUUUUAAAUCAUGUAAAAGAAGAAUAUCCACUGUAAUUCAUUACUUAUAAUAUAUUCUCACUUUAUACUACGUGUCUUCUGAUUGGCUAAUAAUUGUCAAGGUCACUUAAGAUUCGUUCAAAGGUCGUCCCUAAAAUAGAGUCUCGCCUAAAGAUUUUUCUUAAAAUGAUAGGUCAGCUUCAUUAAGUUAUCUACGAUCUAAUAGCAGCUGUGUAUCUCCUCGUUUUCUGCAAACAAUUAAUCGGCAUACCAAUUCGGUUAGUCAUAUUUCUGGAUUUUCUAUUUCAUCUAGAAUUCACAAUUACAUUUUAUAGAGUUAUUUUCACUAAGCGUAUAAGUUGAAUCAUUGCAGGAGUUCUGUAUACAGCUCAAGUUAUGACCCCAUUAGUAUGGAUCACAUACCAUUCAAAUGGUUCUUGUGUUACUGUCUGACAAUAAAAGACAUCUGGAGUGUUUUACUAUCAGCAAACCAUAACCUCAAUCGUUUUUGGUAAAUUUUGGAUUCGUUUUACUUCCGUACUUUGAGAUAUAACCACCUAGAUUGUACAUAGACUUGUGUCUUUUUCGAAUUGAUGGCUGUCUUGUCUCACUUGUAAAAUUUUAUUUGGUUGCAGAAUAAAUUUCAAUUGCCAGUUACUUUUUCUAAGUCUCUUCAAUUAGUCGUAUAAAUAAAACAAUAUCAUACAUCUUUUAAAAUGCACCUGCCUCAUUGGCUGCAUUAAACUUGUCGAAAAAGUUCAAACGGAAGUCGGUUGUUGCGAAACUUAACAUUAAAUUUAUUUUAUUUUGCUAAAUUUCAUAUGAACAAAGUGCUUUCACUCUUUUUGUCAGGUCUCCAACCACAUUCUCGCAGUAAAGGACCCAUACCAAAUAUUUAUCCCAUUAACACUGAUGAACCUAUGGAUUUUGUGGACAACGAUUCGGAUGAUGACAUUGUGCUGCCAGAAAUGGCACAUUGUGCAGGUCCUGCUUGCAUGCUGGCGGCUAUUCCUGGUGAGAAAUACUGUUCAGAAUCCUGCAAGCUGAAACAUACCAGGUACGUCCACUGUUUUUCAACUUCCCAACAAUACCAUAAAUCAGGUCGAUUACGGAGAUUUUUUAAAUUUAAAGAAAUGUUUCUUUGGAAUACUGACGUCAGCUGAAGAAGCACUAAAAAUAGAGAGUCGGUACACAACCUUUUUGUCCUGAUCUCAGACUCAGGAUUUCUCACCCACGACUCGACCCAGAAUAAAACUCAAGACCUUAAGGUAUCAACACGGACACAACGCUAUUCUUAGUUUUUUUCCGUCGAAACACAUGGUUCUGCUUGAAAUUCGGUCAUUGCAUGAAGUGGAACAAUCGAUGAUGGCUAAAUACCUCACCUGUUGAUUGAGGCUUUUGGUUACAGAUUUUCGUCAUAACUUCUGGAAAUGUAUUAAGCAGCACACUUACUAUUUAGUUAGGUGGUUUGUAGAAGUCCACUCAAUUCGAAAUUGUCUUUUGCACAGACGUUAGAUCUUGAUACACUAGGUUCAAUUUCUUGUACUGUCGUGGAUACUCACUACUCUGAAUUUCCGGACCCGAACGAAAAAUCUACUCGAUUCUCUCGUUUUCAGGUCCUAUGUUGUAAGCCACCCCAGUAAUCAUAUUUUUGUUCUUUGCAUUCCUUUUUAAACGUUGAAUUUUGCUUAUCGACUAUCAUCGUCGUUAUGAAACCAUAAAGGCCCUUUAUUUUUGAUCAUUUGAUUGAUUGAACUGUAUAGAUUCAAAGGUUUUAUAAGCCCUAUCUGAUGGGUAGAGUAUGUAUUUAUUUCGUUUGACUUUCUCAACACAUAAAGGCUCUCUUGCAAAUACCAGUUUGCCGCGAUUGUGUAUCGUCAGUGUAUUAUUGUCAUUAUAUAUAAGGUAGUCGGGUUCUGUACAUCCUCAUCGUAUUAGUCUUAUUGUUAUUACCCAACCGUCAAAUUCCAGCACAAAUCAUAACAGAUUCUUCAACUGAUAACAGUUCUUAGCGAAAACUUUUUAAACAUAAUCUACUACUCGCAAGUAAUAUUAUUGUGUAAGUCAAUUUUAAUCAGACAGGCAAUGUGGAACCUAUGUCAUUUCGAGUUGUGUAUGUCCAUAUCGGCACAACAGAAGGAUUUAUUUAUUUAAAGAUAAACAUCGGUCGUUCCUCUCACUUAUAUGAAGGAAGUAGUCGAUAAUUACAGCAGGACAACCACUGGCUUCUGCUUUGAGCAGUCUUUUAACAUCUCAAGUCACUGUAUUGCAUUAUCUUUAGGACCCCAACCAGGGAACUGUGAAGAACCAACAAAUCCUAGUCUUUCAUAGCUAUUUUUCAUAGGACUACAUCAUGUCAUACACUGACCACGGGGAGCCGAAGAGAUACACUCUCCGUUUAAACAUAGCACUAAGUACGAGGACAGAAUAAGCACUUUUAGAAUGGAUCCCUGUUAACAGUCUCUUAUGUACUGUUCGACUAAACGGUCCCGUAAGAACUCGGAAGGAUAGGGACACACGUCGUUGCCUUUUCGUAGUUCCUGCCUACGCUCCCACUGAUUGUAGCCCGAAUGAAGUGAAAGAUUAAUCUUACAGGAAUCUUUCUGAACUUCUUCAGAAAGCUAAACGUUCAGUCAUAGUACUAGUCGCAGGUGACUUUAAUGCCCAAGUAGGUAGCUUAAAACAAGCAGAAAGACAUUUGGGUGGGUAUUUUAGUAUUCCGGCUCAGCGAACAGAUAAUGGUGACCGUCUGUUGCAACUUCUGGAUACAGUGAUAAUAAGACCAACAGUGGCGUAAAACUGGCAGAAAAAAUGGGUGUAAAAUGUAGAAUAUUCUUAAUUUGAAGAAGAGAACACGUGUAUCUGGACCGCUGCGACAUUAUGAAUAUCUCCACAUUAAUUUCUUUCGGGUGAUAAUUCUAUUACCUAGGAAUUUUCAUAGAUAUUCGCCGUUAAAAAAUUCAGUAUUAAACGUUGAUUUCAUAGACACGGUAAUAAUAGGAUUUGUUGUCCAUUCUUACUAGUUCAAUUUUUGUAGUCCUCGUCCUUCUAAACUUUUAUUCCCACCGUUCGUAGCCUGUGUAUGAGCAUCAUUGAUGACUUUAGUAUUAAGCAGUUUUUGAAUUUGCCUUCCCCAUUCUGUAAGCCAAUGGUUGCUAUUAUUGAAUUCGACAUAGUAGGUAAUGCUCCUACAUAAAUAUGCAAUCGGCCACUUAGUUUUAUUAUUUCCAUUAUCGUUAUUAUAAAUCCCAAACUUAGUGGUGGAAUUUCAAACCACUGUCACACUCUGGUCAAUCGUGCAGUUAUAAUAUUUAUCACUAAUAAAGUUCGUUGAUGUUUAAUGAUUUAAGGCAAUAAAGGACUGGAUCCGGGUUUUAAAAUAUAGUAUCCAAUUACUUCGAUAACUCAUAAUUUCAUCAAGUUAUCAGUCCGUUUUACAACACUUCAUUUUUACAGAUUUUUAUAAUCUGAAGUUAUACAAAUCUAAGUUUUAUUGUGCAUUGAAUUGACCUUAUCAUUUCCGUUUGAACUCAAAAUGUUGGCUAUUUAGUGGUAAAAGGCCAAACUUUAUAACAACCGAAAUGCACGCAUUUGAUUGUUCUGUUCACUUUAUAUUUCAUGUUUACAACCUCCAGUUCCCGCUGCUCUGUUCGUUCAGCUGUUCCUAAUCUCCGUCCUUCAAUAACUGCUAUUUCACCCCGUGAAGCUAAUCCUAUUCCGUAAGUGUAUAUCUGUGAAAUAUUUAUUGUUGUUUGUAUUCUCAUCGGAUUCGAGCUAUAGAACCUGUUAUAAUUUCUCAGAUAUUCCUAUUGCUUAGUAUUCUUGGACGCCAAUUCACUCGAUAAGUCUCCAAAUUAGAACAAUAUUAAACAGGAACUAAAUUAUUCCAAAUAGCCAAGGCGAAUGUAAAUAGGAAUUACAAUAAGAAUAACGUUAUUUAUAUAUUUUAUAUGAGAAGAUUCUAGAGUCUUCCGCAAUUGUCCACUAGCAUUGAUUGGAUAAGCAAUAGCCAAUCAACGUGCCACUAUGUAAUCUUGCACGGAACAUGCUUAAAUCCAAUCUAUAUCCUGCUAACACAACCUGCGGUCCUUUGUUCAUGUCAUGACCAUUGACUCCAUUGAUCAAAAAUACUCUUUACCAUAUCCAGAUCACAUGUAUUGUCGCCAUCAUCGUGUUCAGAAUUGGAACAAUACUGCAUCUCCAUCCUACAGAACUACAAAUCAACCUUUCGAUCAGUUCUCUAUUGAUCAAGCUUACAUUACUACUGAUGGCUUACUUAAGUCACGUGGACAUCCAACAUUUGGAUGUUCUCCUGGACCAGUCCAUAGAAUUACACCACAGCGACAUUCAAAUCCUCAUCCUGUUUUGAUCAAUACUAGUAGUCGAUUGAAUAGCGUGGACACUCAAGGUAAUACAAUGAUUUGUGACGUUGCUGAUACCGCUGCAUUUAUGGACUCUGUGGCUUCAGCAGUACGUAGAAGCAAUAAUCAUGGGACAAUAAAUGCAUUUGCUGAAGAGCUUGGUAUAGAUUUACCAUCAGCUCAUCCUUCAACCGGAACUCGUUUAUCGUCUUCACCUAGUUUAUCUGGAAUUUAUUCUUGUUAUACUGGAUCGAAUCGUAGCGAUAAUAUUCGACCCGUUGAUUUACAUGCUGUAGAUGAUGAUACUGAACUACCACCAGGAGUAGAUGAUGAUGAAGCUGAUGUCAAUCAAAUGGUUUCCGAAGUGGGCGGACAUCCUGUUUACGGCUACUAUAUGAUUAGUUACGGCAAUGAAACCAAUGGUCAUAAUUCACGUAUUUCCUUGACUAAUACUUCUAACCCUACACUAAAUGAACAUCGUAUAAGUACAGGCUCUUUACGUACCAGAACAAAUAUCCGCCACCUUAAUCAUAGGAUGAUAAAUCAAAGUAACGGUGAGUCAGCAAAUGGUAUCCCUGGACCCUACAGUUCUAGUCGAACGUUGCCAGCCGGGAAUGUAAAUUUUCGGCAUACAAGCUUAAAUGUUAUCCCAGGAACAGUCAGUCAGGAUAAUUGUUUAAGUCCAUCCGGAUCUACCGGUGUGAGUGACAUAGGUGUUUCUAAUAUGGGAUCAUCAGUAUCCAGUUCCAAUGUAGCGCCUCAUUCUGUUCCUGGCUAUAUACCUGGUCCCGAUGAAUUCUAUACAAUCAAUGAUUCAGAUGACCUAGAAAUCAAUUGGCCACAAGAAACAGUCGCCGGAGUAAAUGGUUAACUUUUAAUUGUAUUAUAUCCUUCGAUAUGUUCAUUACUUAAUAUGGAAUUAUUGCUUGAUUAGUGAGCAACCUCAGCUAGGAGCUGUUUUGCGCAUGUAUUUUUCCUCUUGCGUAUUUUUUUUAAAUAAAAGACCUAUUCUGUAACAGAUAAAUGUGUGUAGCAUUACAGAAACCUAGGACUUUUAACCUCUGUUUACCCCCACUUAUUUUACUCCAUCAUUACGUUGCAGUAUGUUGAGUUGUCAGGUCUCAAAAUUCUCCUGUAUCUAUAUUGCUUAUCAGAUUUGUUUUGUGGCUAUGGUUUAGUCCCCCCUUUUUUUGCUUAGAUAUCAAAUUGAUAAUUUUGCCUUGUAUACAUAUUCAUUAUACAUCUAUAUAUGUCAUCUUCUUUACUAAUGGCGCCAAAAAAACGGUUCAUUCAGAACGAUCUUGUACAUAUAAAUAGCUCGUCUUUUACUUUUUUUUUAAAUAAAAAAAGGUAUAUAUAUAUAUAUAUAUAUAUUUGUGUUUAUCUACGCAUAUUUACGUACGUAUUGUUCAUGUUUUGCACAGUGGUAUAUUCAAAACACCAUUUUGCACAAUACUAUUAUAACCUCAAUAUGUAUCUUUUAAUUUCCCACCUAACCAGAACUAUCUAUCUGUUAUUGUUAUUAUUAUUAUUUACUGGUCUGGUCUUAGUGUGUCUUGAAUUUGAUUUUUUCUUAAUAUACCAUCCCAAAUUGAUGAAGAUUAUUAGUUCAUCUUAUUAUUUUUAUUAUUAUUAAUAUUACUUCCUUAUAAGGAAAUACUAUUCUGCUGAUUGUUACAUAUAUAUAUGUAUGGAAAUAAUACAUUUGCCAGUACUAAAUUCUUUAUUCUCUUAAUUCUUUCAUUGUUUCUUCAUUUCUCAUAUUCAACAUAAUCUCUAUCACUAUUACUGAUUACGGUUAUUGUUAUUAGUCACAUAGUCAUAGUAUUAGUAGUAGUAAUGGUAAUAGUAGUAAUAGUAUUCGCAAUAAUUGUAAUUAAUCUUUUCCUCUUCUUCCUUCUUCUUUCUUCUUCACUUACCUCAUUUCUCUCCGCCAAAUUCAAUCUUUGUAAAUAAUUUAUAUCCAUAAAUAAUAUUCUUAUAUGUGUAAGUAUACACUUUCAAUGAUAUAAGAAACAUCAAAUUUUAGAAGGGGUGUCUCUUUUUUGUUGUUGUUCUGUUUUGUUAUUCUAAUAAUAAUAACAAUAAUAAUAAUCAUUUCAUUGUGUACAUAACAAAUAAGAGAGUAAUGAUUAAAAUGAUCAAACUUUAAAUUAUUAUUAUUAUUAUUAUUAUUAUUGUUCCUCUGAUUCUCUAACUCAUCUACAUACAUAAUUGCAUAGUAACUAUAAGUAAUAAUAGGAAUGUUAUCAAUGGUGAAUAAUAUUGAAGGUUGCUCACACUAUCUGUACAAAUGGUCGAAUUCUCCAUCUGUAAAAAAAAAUAUAUAUUUUAAGACAAAAUAUUCACGUUUAUUACUUCUUAAAUAUUGUAUCAUUCAAUAGAUAGAUUAUUAAGGUGUGAAAUUGGAAUAGAAUU